CCUCAGCACUGAGAGCGGAGGGAUGACAGCAGCGGGUCCCUUGCAUCACUGAGCCCUUUUGGGGGUCUGACUAACAGCCCCCUCCCUUUGCACCAAGUCCUUUUUGGGGCGAGGAGAGCGGCGGACGCCUGGGACCCCAAUAAAAGGUCUCAGGCUCCGGGAGAGAGAGCAGAACAGAGCCGCUUCUGGAGAACCACAGCCCACAAGCCAGAAGACCCUUGAAGCAUCCCUGAGGCGAAGAUGCUCUGCCGACUUCACCUGGCGGCCCCCCGGAGCCCCCUGCUCAGCCGGGCUCUGUGGCCCCCCACCCGCUCGCUCUUUGAGGACCUGGAACGGGAGAUGGAUUCGCUGUGGGAGCUGCUGGGCAACUGCAGCAACUGGCCGCUCCGGGGCCACGAGGAAGCGUCCCGGGGACCGGAAGAGGCCCCGUUUGCGGUGACCCAAGACAUGGCUGGCUUUGACCCCCGGGAGCUAGUGGUCAAGCUGGUGGGCCAGAAGCUGGUGCUGACCGGCAGGAAGGCCACGCAGACCCCCGGAGGACCUUUCCGCUACGAGCUCUUCCGCCGCGAGUGGGACGUCCCGGGCAGCGUGGACCGCCAGCAGCUCAGCUGCUCCAUCUCCCGAGAGGGCCAGCUGCGCAUCGAGGCCGCCGGGCCGCCCGCCAGGACAGUGCCCAUCGAGGUUGGCCGGGCGCCGGGCAGCGGCCAGGAAGCCGCCUCUGCCACAGAAGACCGCCGGACCAAAGGCUGAGGGGAAAGCGAGGCGCAGCAGAGACUCUGGGUGGACUUGGGACUCUGGAGCAGGGCUUUUCUGCCCAUGAAUGUUUUUCACUAUAACCUUUCCCUUUGUGGUGGUCAGUCAAUUUGCAGAUAUAACGCUGGAAAACAGGCGUCUCUAUGAACGAAAGGAGAAGCCUGCAGGUCAGGGUGGAGGUUUUUUUUGUCCUUGUUCAUAUCUCGUGUUUUGAUGCUGUAUUUUAUGUUGUGAACUGCCCAGGGAUCUCAUACCCUCCAACAUUUCUCCGAUGAAAAUAGAGUGUCCUAUUCAGUAAAAAUAAUAAAUAUUUAUACGCAAUACUAUUUAUGCAUUAUGGGGUGCUUAUUUAAAAUCAUCGGAAAUACGAUUACAAUUGACCGUCGUACGGCC